AGAGGUGAUACUGGUCAUGAUAACUUCGUUCAACGAAACCCAGUAGACUGCCCAGAUAAGCCCAGCAAUGCGGGUUCUUCCAAAUUUACCUGUCUUGGUGAUGGUCAAUCACCUACAUCUAAACCAGAUUGUGAAGGUGAAUGUUCCAAGCUGUUGGACUUGGAAACAGACGAGUCGUUGACUGUUGAGAUGAUAAACCAAAGAAAUGAUGGAGUGGAUGAAAAACCCAUAAGCAAAUUUGAGUCAUUCUCUAAAAGCUUUGAAGAAAAUGAAAAACCUAUAAGCGAUGGCCAGCCAGUCUGUACGGAUUCAGACAGCAAUACUGCUGAAGCUAAUGCAGAGACAAUUAGAGAAUUAUAUCAGGGUGGAAUUGUGGCCAGUGAUACUGCUGUAACUUUACCAGCAUUUUUUUUAGUAAAGAAAGCUGGAAGUGUAGAUGGGAAUCAGAUUGAAGCUCAAGCUACUACUGUUGGAGAAAGCAAUAUAAAUUGUAUUGGAAGGGUAGACAUUCCUAGUUAUGCGACUGAACACCCUGAUGAAGUAACUUCUUCCAAGCAGGUGAAGCUCCCAUGUGCUCAUAAGAGGGCUAAUGCUUUUGUGCGGGAAGAUAAUGAAUCUUUUAAAGCAUUAGAUUUUGAACAAAUUGUUGUUGAAGAGUAUGCUAGUGAGGGCAUUGAAAGAAACUCCAAGUUGGAUGAUGGUGUACUUGACAAGACAGAUUGUCAGGUUGCUGGGGAUAAGCAGGAGGUCUUUGUUGAAAGCAAUGAAAAUGUUUUUGGAAACAUUAAAGAGAAACAUGGGCAUGACCUCUUUGGUGGUGACAGAACCAAUCCAAUCGCCUUAGAAGAUAGUAUUAUGGAUAAAGUUGGAAGCGACUCAAAAACUGAAGAUACUGCUGGUGAACUUGUUCAAAGCUUUUCUUCCUUCAAGCUCCCUCAUGUAAUGAGCAAGGUAGGGGAUCAACUUCAAGAUAAAUUCAAAUUACCAGUUGAAGGCAUAAAUCUACAUGAAAGAGAUGAGGCAUUGGUGCAUGGAGACCAAAAUUUAUCCUUUAAUUUGGUUGGUGUUCUGGAAGAGCACACAUUGCAAGCUUGUACGAAAGUUUUUUCAAAUCCUGAAAGUUCUAUGGUUGCCAUGAUUGGCGAAACAGAGUUGGGGUCUAUUUCUAGUUCUGACUUGGCAAAAAUGCAAGAUGUAAAUGAGAAUGAAUUUGAAGUUCCUUCAAGUACAGCGGUGUCUGUAGACGGUGAAAUUCUACAAUCUGUUCUCCAACCGGAUCAAGUGACUUGUGGUAAUCCUGACAUAAACAAGAAAGCUUCUGCAGUACAGAAGAGACGUCCUUCUUUGGCUUCAGAAGACUCUAUGUACACAAAUGACAAUGCUAAUAAGGAUUCUAGUGGUGUCCUUGAAGAGCAUGCAGUGGCAGCAAGUGUGAGAGGUUGUUCAAAUCAUGAAAGUUCUAUGGAUUCAAAGGUGGAUGAGAGACAAUCAGGGUCUAUUUCUGAUUUUGAUCUGGCAAAAAUGCAAGAUGUGAAUGACAACAAGUCUCAAGGUCCUUCAAAAAGGUUCUUGUCUGUAGACAGUGAAGUUCUACCAAAGGAUGCUUCUUUGGAGAUGAAGAGAUGUACAUCCUUUUCUUCAAAUGACUGUAUCCACAUGGAUGACAAUAACAAUAUGGAUGGUAAUGCUGGAAUAUUGGAUAGUGCUGUAAAUUCUAGAAGUACGAAUUCAAAAACUGAGUCUAAUUUAGAUAAUGUUGGUGAUUGCUUGGUUGGAGGUGAACCGAUUCAUCGGAGUAGCUGGGGUCAUGGCAUUAUUUUGAGUAACGACGUUGAAAGUGACAGAGUGCCACAAAUCGAAGCUGGCUUGGCUGGAACCAAUGAGAUAGCUGAUACUUACAGUAUCAGAAAAGUCAAACUAUCUGCCGAUAAUGAUUGUGCCAAACCUCAAAUGCGUUCAGGAAAUGACAGUCUCGAUGAGGGUACAACCUUUCAAGAAGACAAUGGUGCGUUAGAGAGUAAAGCAGAGGCCGGUAUAGUUGAUAAAGCUUUCUUGGGUACCAUGAAUGGCACAAAUGUGGAUAUAAAUGCAACUUUCAGAGAAAAUGCUGAAGGGCUACCUUAUUUCCAGAAAGAUAAUAGGGCUUUAAUGCAUGCUGUUGAGUCUGAAAUUUUCACUCACUGGGAGAUGAAUACAGUAUUUGAGAAUGCAGAACAAGAUGAAGCUAAAAAACCGGAUGAAAAGCAACUUGCUAAUGCUCCACUCACAGAAGAGCAUAUUUUGGAAGAUAAUGAAAGAUGUAGUGAGCAAGAUACUGCAUCUGCUAUUAUCCAAGAGUAUAUUGAUCGUGAGAAAGCUAUGGAUGAAUAUUUUGAGGUCAAGAGUUCUAAUGAUUCCACCUGUAAAGCAAUAUUCACUGAAGCUUCUAGGACUGGUGACGCUGUUUAUGCUGGUUUAGAUAAAUGCAGAAAUUCUGGAGUUGAAGAAGAGGGAGCUUGUGUAAUGACCAGUGGUUCAGCAGGUUCCGAUAUGGCGUUCACUGAACGGGUGGUGGAGUUUUACAAGAAUGUCCCUGCUUUGAGUGUUUGCAUUGAUGUUGCAAAUGGGAGAUCAAAUGAGGUUUCAGAAACUCCAUUGCAAUUAGAUGAAUUCAAUUUUGGAAGUGUUGGAGAGCUGGAUAAACGUGCUUCUGUUGCUUCAGGUGACUCCAUAUCCACAGAUGACAAAACUGCAGAAAGAAUAGCAAAUGUCGGGAAGAUGGAGGUUAAAUCUAGCUCCAAGGAGUGUCCUUUCAGGACUGACAAUAGUGAAGUUGAUGAUACUGAUUUCUUGUAUGGCCAUAGAAAUGGUGAAGUUCGUUCAAAUGAAGUUGAUACUAGAACCAUGAAAGAAGUAAUUGGUAUUCAGAAUGUUGAUGAUGCUACUAAGUUAGUAGAACUUAGGUCGGAUGGUGGCAAAUUAUCAGAAGAAAGAAACUCAUUAGAUGUCAAUUCAUUUUCUGUCAGCAUGGAUCAUUUUGGGCCAGACAAUGGUCCUGAAAGGAGGGAUCUGCCUAUGCAAGGUGAAAAUUUUGGAAUGGAAGAAAGAGUCUCAGUUGAUUCUCCCGUUACUGCUUCUAGUCAUGAAAAUACAGACUUGGAGUUAAAUGUUGGCUCGCCUAUGUUCACCGGUCUUGAGAUCAAAGAGAUUUUCUGCGAUGAUAAAAUAGAUGGCACCGUGAAAUCAGAUUCAGAAAUGCCAAAUGUCAAUUCAAUGAUUGAAGAUGGUAGUGAUGUGAAGAAAAGGAAAGAAAGUGAUUUUGGUACUGCACAAGUUGUUGCAGGUCAACAUGAUAAUCCUAAGCUUAUAUUUGAGGAAAUUGAGGAGCUAAAGCCAGCUCGAAAAAAGGAUACUCAGUGCCAUGCCGGUUCUCCUAUUAGCGAUUUUUCAAGUUGUGGAGAUGGCACAAGAGAUGAAUUUCAGGACCUCAAUUCAGUGCUUAUAAAAGACAAUAAAGGUACUGAGGAUGUGAAGGAAGAAGAAGAAAAAGUUUUGGAAAUUCCUUUGGUGUUUGUAGAGCAACGUGACAAUCUUGAUCAAACAAUGGGAGAGGAACUUCCAAAAUCCACAUACACUUCUGUUUCAGAUGAGAACGCCUGUGUAAAUGAAAUACCAAAGGAGAAAGAUGAUGAGACCGGUAGUAUUGAAUACUCUAGUGUCCACAGAAGUACAGCCAAAAUGUCAACUGAUUUUAAGAUGACUGGCAUCAAUUCUUGUCCUUUUGAUGUGCCUGCACCAAGAAGUGAUCUAAACCCUGACGUUGAAGGUACUUUGGAUCAAGAACCCACACAUGCAAGUUCAGCUUUGAGAGAAGCUGCUUCAGGUGAUUCCAUAUCUGUGGAUGACAAAACCGCAGAAAGAAUAGAAAACUUCAGGAAGAUGGAUUCAGAAUCAAGUUCCAAUGUUAUCCAUUUUGAUUCUCAGGAGCAACUUAAUUUUGAUGCUCUUCCAUUAGCUAUUUCAGAAAAUUUUGAUGCUUCAGGAAAUGAUCCCGAAAGGAGGAAUUUGCCUAUGCAAGGUGACAAAUUUGGAAUUGCAGAAAGAGUCUCUGCUGAUUCUCCAGCUAUUGCUUCUAGUCAUGAAAAUGAAGCCUCGAAGUUGAAUGUUGCUGUGCAUUUAUUCUCCAGUUUUGAGAUGGAGUUUUUCCGAGAUGACAACAUAGAUAUCAUUUUGAAAUCAGAUCCAGAAAUGUCAAAUGUCAAUUCAAUGAUUGAAGAUGACGAGGAUAUGAAGAAAGGGAAAGAAAGUGAUGUUGGUACUGCACCAGUUGCUGCAGGUCAACAUGGUGAUCCUGUGCGUAAUUUAGAGGAAGUGAAGGAGCUAAGGUCCGCCCAGAAAAUGGAUACUAAUUGCCAUGCCGAUUCUCCUAUUACCGAUUUUUCAAGCUGUGGGUUUAUUGAUGCCAAUGAAGCUGGUGAGGACGUGAAAGAAAAAAUAGAAAAUGUUCCGGAAACUGCAGGAGUUUCCGCAGAGCAACAUGGAGAUGGUAGGGAAAGAAUGGCAGAGGAAGUUCGGGAAUCCACUCUUUCUCCUAUGUCAGAUGAGGACACCUUUGUAGGUGGACUAAGGAGGAAGGUGAUGAGACUGGUGAUAUUGAUGCUAAGAUGAGCGGCAUCAGUUCUGGUCCUUUUGAUAUCCCUGCAGCAAGUGAUCCGAACGCUGAUGUUGAUACUGUGGAUCAAUGUCUCGCAUCUCCACAUUUUGUUUUGAAACAAGAUAAGUCGGAAUCACCUAGGAAAGAAUGUUGGAAGCAAGAUAUGAACAAAAGUAAAAUUGUUUCUUGUGCCGCAAGGUUGGAGAAGAAAGAGAGUUUGAUCCCUAGUACUCCCAAGAGUGUGGUGAAUACUUUGUAUAUGAAGGAAAAUUUCAGAAGCACAAAGGUUGAUCGAUUUACCAAGUCAGCAGCGGAAACUCUGAAACCUCGGAGGGCAUUGGAGGAUCUCGGAAAGUAGGCCUGCUAGAUGUCUUGCUUUGUUUCUUCAGGUGAAGGCUGAAGCAUACCUCAUGCAGAUAGAUAUUCAUCAGUCUUUUGGUAGUCUACAAUAUUUGGUACGGUCUUGUAAUGGAUUGUUAUGAUCGAACUUUAAAAGAUGAUCGGAACGAUUGGAUCCCAAGGUUUCCAAUUUCCAUUCCAAAAUUUUAGAUUAGAUUGGUUUGGAUCGAAUCGUAGUUUCUAAAUUUGGAAUCGAAGUAAUUUCGGAAUUUUU